AUGGAUCUCAUCUCCGGCGACUGCGAGAACUUCGGUCUGAUCAUCAAUACUGAGAUGACCGCGGUCAUGCACCAACCGCCACCCGACACGGCCCAAAAUGAGCCGCAAAUCAGUGUGAACGGAGCCCACCUGCAAGUGUCGUACAACUUCACGUAUCUGAACAGCACCCUCUUCUGUUGCGCCAAAAUCGACGAUGAAGUGGCCCGCCGGAUUUCCAAGGCCAGUCAAGCCUUUACCCGUCUUCAAAACACAUUUUGGAAUCGUCAUGGUCUUCAGCUCAGUAUGAAACUGAAGAUGUAUAGGGCCGUCAUCCUCCCGACGUUGCUGUAUGGGGCAGAGACGUGGACGGUGUACAUGAAUCAGGCAUGCAGACCCAGCCACUUCCACUUCAGUUUUCUUCGUCGAAUACUGAAGCUGCGGUGGCAUGACCGGACCCCGGAUGCGGAAGUACUGGGGCGGAAGAGAAUCCUCAACAUCUACGCUCUUGUUGAGACAACUACCCUGGAGUGA